GUCUCUCAGUCAGUCAGUGGCCCCGGUCCGCUGCGCCUGCGCCCGCCUCCACAUCUCUCCAAACCCGAAACGCGCCACCGCUGCCGUCAAAGCGGACAUGACCCACCGGCAGUAGUGGGGGUCCUCCGUCCGCCUGCUUUUAAGAAGAUUAAACAAGGAGACGAAGGGAAAGAAGACAUAUUUCUCCCCGCGCCGUGCGUCGAGAGGAGUGGAUGAGCCAAUGGCCGGGGCACAGCCGGGAGUUCAUGCGCUGCAGCUCAAGCCAGUGUCCGUGCCCGAGUGCCUGAGAAGGUGCAACAAAUUCAUGAAAUGGGAUGAUGAUUCUACAACUGUGACCCCUGUGAACCUAACCGUUGACCCCAAAGGUUACUUCCUGUAUUGGUCUGACCAGAACAAGGAAACUGAGCUGUUGGAUAUUGCGCACAUAAAAGAUGCUAGAAAUGGAAAGUGCACUAAAACGCCAAAGGAUGCAAAGCUGCGUGAGCUGUUGGAUGUCAACACACUGGCGGGUAAGAUGGAGAACAGGAUGCUGACAGUGGUGAGCGGCAUGGACAUGGUCAACAUCACCUACCUGAACUUCAUGGCCUUUCAGGAGGAGAUUGCGAAGGAAUGGGCGGAGGAGCUGUUCAAGCUGGCAUCAAACCUCCUGGCACAGAACAUGUCCAGAGCGGCCUGCCUUGAAAAAGGAUACGCUCGGCUGAAGCUGCAGCUGAAUCCUGAGGGACGAAUUCCUGUCAAGAAUAUUUUCAGGAUGUUCUCAGCAGACAGGAAGCGAGUGGAGACAGCGCUGGAAAACUGUAACCUCCCUUCUGGCAGGAAUGACUCCAUACCCCAGGAGGACUUCACUUCAGAUGUGUACAACAUGUUCUUGAACAACAUCUGCCCUCGACCCGAGCUGGACCACAUCUUCUCGGAAGUCGGGGCUAAAAGUCGACCGUACCUCACAGUGGAGCAGAUGACAGAGUUCAUUAACAGCAAACAGCGAGACCCUCGUCUGAACGAGAUCCUCUAUCCUCCGCUCAAACCAGAACAAGUUCAACUGCUGGUGGACAAAUAUGAACCCAAUGCUUUGCUGGCUCAGAAAGGCCAGAUCUCCAUGGAAGGCUUCGCCAGGUAUCUGAAUGGGGAGGAGAACAGCAUAAUUCCUCCCGAGAAGCUGGACCAGAGUGAAGACAUGACCUUUCCCCUCUCACACUAUUUUAUUAAUUCCUCUCACAACACGUACCUCACAGCGGGCCAGCUUGCAGGGAACUCCUCAGUUGAGAUGUACAAACAGGUGCUCCUGUCCGGGUGUCGCUGCAUCGAAUUGGACUGCUGGAAGGGUCGCACCACAGACGAGGAACCCGUCAUCACUCACGGCUUCACCAUGACGACGGAAAUCUCCUUUAAGGAGGUGAUCGAGGCCAUCGCGGAGUGUGCCUUCAAGACCUCACCUUUUCCCAUCAUCCUGUCUUUUGAGAACCACGUUGAUUCACCAAAACAGCAGGCAAAGAUGGCAGAGUACUGCCGGUCAAUAUUUGGAGACGCAUUACUGACGGAACCAUUGGAGAAAUAUCCCCUGGAGUCUGGCGUGCCUCUUCCCAGCCCGACGGACCUCAUGGGAAAAAUCUUGGUGAAGAACAAAAAGAAGCACCACAAAACCGAAGGAAGCACGAAGAAGAAACUCUCUGAGCAGGUUUCUAACACCUGCAGCGAUUCGUCCAGCGUAUGUGAGCCCUCCUCCCCGAGCGCAGGUUCAACAAAAGAAGAGGCUGCAGAUUCUUCACAGCCCCCUGAAACUACUGAGCUCACCCUGAGACCACAUGGCAGGAAGUCAAUUGGUGAGGUGGAGGCUGAGAGUGAAGAUGAGGAUGAUGAUGAAGAUGAUUGUAAAAAGGGCUCAAUGGAUGAGGGGACAGCAGGCAGCGAGGCAUUUGCCACGGAGGAAAUGUCCAACCUAGUCAUCUACAUCCAACCUGUCAAGUUUUACUCCUUUGAGACUUCAAAAAAGAUCACUCGCAGCUUCCAGAUGUCGUCCUUCGUAGAGACCAAAGCUUUGGAGCAACUCACCAAGUCUCCUGUGGAGUUUGUGGAAUACAACAAGCUACAGCUGAGCAGAAUCUACCCUAAAGGUACUCGAGUGGACUCGUCUAACUACAACCCUCAGCUCUUCUGGAACGCUGGCUGUCAGCUGGUAGCUCUCAACUUUCAGACUAUCGAUUUGUCGAUGCAGCUGAACCUGGGUAUGUAUGAGUACAACGGGAAAUGUGGCUAUAGACUGAAACCAGAGUUUAUGAGACGGCCAGAUAAACACUUCGACCCCUUUACGGAGAGCACAGUGGAUGGGAUAGUGGCCAACACACUGUCAGUUAAGAUCAUCUCUGGUCAGUUUUUGACUGAUAAGAAAGUGGGUACGUAUGCAGAGAUCGACAUGUUUGGUCUACCAGUGGACACCAAGAGGAAAGCAUUCAAGACCAAGACCUCCCAAGGCAACGCCAUCAACCCCGUCUGGGAAGAGGAGGCCAUUGUUUUUAAGAAGGUUGUUCUGCCCACGCUGGCUUCUCUGAGGAUAGCCGUGUUUGAGGAAGGAGGGAAGUUCAUUGGCCAUCGCAUCAUUCCCGUGUCAGCCAUCCGUCCAGGCUAUCACUAUAUUGGUCUAAAAAAUGAGAAGAACCAGUCUCUGAUGCUACCCGCCCUGUUUGUUUACGUGGAAGUGAAAGACUAUGUCCCCGACACGUUUGCAGACGUCAUUGAAGCCUUGUCCAAUCCCAUCCGCUACGUCAACCUGAUGGAGCAGAGAGCCAAUCAGCUGGCUGCUCUUACCUUAGAGGAGGGAGGCGAGGAGGAAGGAGACAAGGAGGUGGAGGCAGGAAGUGAUGCUCCCUCAGAAUCGAAAGUGGAUUCGAGGAUAACAUUACCGGCAGAAAACGGGCUGAGCCACACACCGAUCAUUGCCCCAAAACCUCCUUCCCUGGCGGGCCAACAGCCUCAGUCUGCAGGCUCAUUAAAACCUUCAGUGAAGACUGAAGACAUCAUUCAGAGUGUUCUAACAGAACUGGAGGCUCAGACAGUGGAGGAGUUAAAGCAACAGAAGGGAUUCGUCCGAGAGCAGAGAAAGCAGUACAAGGAGAUGAAGGAGCUAGUCAGAAAACACCACCGCAAAACCAGUGAGCUGAUCAAGGAGCAAACGGCCCGUGUGUCCGAGCUGCAGAGCCAGCAUCAGCGGCGCCGCUCGGCCCUGCAGAAGAGUCACAAACGUGAUGGUAAGAAAAGUCGGUCUGACCAAUCCCUGUCGACUCUGGACCAAGACCUUUGUGAUCUGGAACAGGAGUGCAGCCAGAAACUGUCGGAGUUGAAGGAGCAGCAGCAGCAGCAGCUCCUCGCUCUCCGCCAGGAGCAAUACUACAGCGAAAAAUACCUGAAACGAGAACAUUUAAAGCAGCUGGUUGAGAAGUUAACAACUAUAGCAGAGGAGUGUCAGAGUGCCCAGCUCAAAAAAAUCAGAGACAUCUGUGAAAAAGAAAAAAAGGACCUGAAGAAGAAGAUGGACAAGAAGAGACAAGAGAAGAUCAAUGACGCCAAAUCCAAAGACAAGAAUUUGACAGAGGAGGAAAAGUUAGAGAUCAACAAAUCCUUUGUCAAUGAGGUGGUGCAGUACAUCAAACGGCUGGAGGAUGCACAGAGUAAAAGGCAGGAGAGGCUAACAGAGAAGCACAAGGACAUCCAGCAGCAGAUCCUGGAUGAACGGCCAAAGAUGCAGAGUGAUCUGGACCAGGAAUACCAAGACAAAUUCCGACGGCUCCCCGUGGAGAUCCAGGAGUUUGUUCAGGACAGCAGCAGGACCAAGCUCAAUGAAGACGACAUCCAUGGAAACCUGGUUGCAUCCUCCACCACAGAGAAGUUGAACCGCAAAGCGUCCCAGUCUGAGGAUGACAUGGAGGAGGGCUCGUCGGAACAGGUCUUUGACACGGCCCUUUAGGAUAUUUAACUUGUUGCUUCACAUUGGGACUUCUUUGGGGCGAAAUGGUCGCGACCACAGAUCUAGAAUGAGACUGCUCCAACUGUGGUCCAAAUUGUAACCAAUGGAGGGAUUAGAUCCUAUCUGAACCUGAACUGGUGAGUAGAGGUCCUCUCUGCGUAGAGUGCUGUCGUGUCUGGAGAGCUGUUUAAGGUGAAAAGUACUUUUUGUGUAUUUGUAUGUCACCUGUAUUUUGUCGUCUCUUUCGGUACUGCCACAGGAUGUGUUACAGAAGACUAUUUUGCAGAAAUUUUAACUUACUUGAAUUAUUGCACAGAGAAAGUAAUUUUUGUCGUUUUGUCAUCAUGUGCCAAGAUUUAAUUGUCUUACGGUGGAUUUUUAUUGGAGGCACCUUGAAACCUCCUUGAACUCAGCCCUGAAAGCUUCCAUCUUUAUCAGACUUGGGUUCACUCUUACACGUUUGCACUGAAGGCUCCUCCUAAAACUGUGUCCCACUUUUGACUUUAAACAGAAAGAACUGGCAGCUUUCUGGCUUUUCAUUUGAUCCCCAUCGAACUAAGCUGCUAUUAUUUUUCUAACUCAUCAUUUUAACCAUGUUUUUGUUUAAUGUGAAAUGUGUUUUUAUGAUGCAGUAAUUUGUUUUAUAUGUGUGUGUGUGUGUCGGCAAGUAAUUUUUUUUUAUUAAGUUUGCAUUUUCUGUUGGCAACUCUGUCUCAUAAGGGAUAAAAGGACGGGAGAAUUUAUUUGGUAUUUUUUGUUGUUUUAUUUUUAUUUUUUGCACAGUGUCUGCAUGCAAUUAAAAACUGUAAAUGUUACAAUAGCUCUGUAGCAGAGAUGUUUAUAAAUGUAAAUCUAUUUUCUCUGGUACAUUUUUAUUGAACCUGCUAAACAUUUGGCCCAUUGUUGUUUUACCAACACAUUCUCGCACCCAAAGCGUCCAAAUAUGACGCGUGUGACCAAGCGUCAAUAUAUGAUGAUUCGGGAUGCCCCAGCACAUCAGGAGACGACGAUCAGGGACACGCAGGGACACAUGCCUCCGCUGGCGUCACUGUUUGACGCCCGCGGUCACACGGACGUUAUUCGACUAUUUAACCUUCCCCUCACCCCAAUCCUAACCUUAAGGUCAGUAACUGUGACCUUAAGGUUAGGAUUGGGGUGAGGGAAAGGUUAAGUAGUUCACAAGUAGUUCUAAUGUCCAAUGCUUCAUUGGAAUCUCCACAGCCCCAGCCAGUACUGUGGCUGGCCAAUCACAUCGCGUUUAUUUAGAAAAAACAAUGUAUUUUCAUCUUUCUCCCUGCUUUUUCCACGGACUGCCCCGUUGACUGACAUCCGUAUCAGUCCAAUCACAUCGCUCUAUUGGUCUGAUGGGCCAGUCACAGCACUCUGUUGGUGAGUGGGAUGUUACAGAAAACAAAAAAGAUGACAGCUCUUUUGGCUUUGGCAUUAACUUUGGACUUGGGCAUUUCUUCAAGUCAAAAGUAGAUACAGGUACUUAAAUUUACUUAGGAAAAAAAGGAUGUAUUUGCAUCUUUUUGACGGAGUAUGGUGGACUGCCUCGUUGACCGACAUCUGUAGUGGUAUGUCACAUUGUUUCUUAACCAAUAUCAUGUGGAGACCGUUUGAAGGACAACUGUAGAUCCCACCCCAUGACUAAGAGUCGUCAACGGACUGUGGCCAGACUAUAUAUUCACAUAUAGAGGAUGGCUUGCCUGGCUAAAAUACAGUAAGACUGAUACACUGCUUUUGAACAUUGAUUCAGUAUCAUAAGGAAUAUUGCAAUAUUUUAGGGUAUUCUCCUACAUCUUUCGUCGCACCUCUACGUUUAGUUUUUAUGCACUACGCUUUCAGAAUGCAUCAACCUCAGAAGUUCAGAUCAAGCCAGACAGAAAAUUAAACACGGGAGCAUCUGGCAAAAAUGUUUUAUUUAUGGGAUAAUAAAUGUUUUUUCAAGUCAUGUCAAUGAGAUCAUGUGAUCUAAAGUGUAGCUUGGUUUUAAAAAGUUCCAGAGCAGUUUGAUGUAAUUGCUAAGCAUGUCCAUAUCACAGCACACAGCUUUGACCAUGAGAAGAUUUUCACUGCAUCCAGCUUCAUGAUGUAUAAAUGCAUGCAAAAGAAUUGAACAUGCUUCAUAGCACAAUGUCAGCUUUGCAGCUUUUGGUGUGCAGUCCCCUUUAGAACUAGCCUGGCAAACCAGCCUAUAUAUGUAAAUAUAUAGUCUGGCUAUGAGUCAUUGAAACAUCCCAGUCAUGGGGCAGAAUCUACACACGCAACUGGACAGCGCUAGGACCAAUCAGAGCAAUGAAGAACUUGACGCAUUUGUCGCUACAGUUGUCAGUCAACGGGGCAGUCUGCCAUGUCAUAAAAGAAGAUGCCAAUACAACUUUAAAAAAAAAAUAAAGGACUUAAGUACCUCUAUCUGCUCAUGUCUCAAAGAUCGUCUAAAGUUGGUAAAAUGGCAUGUAUUUGUAUAGCGCCUUCUUAGGGUUCUACAACCCCUCAAAGUGCUUCACAACAUCAGUCUUUCACUCAUUCACACACACACAUUCACAUGCUGGUGGUGAUGAGCUACGAUGUAGCCACAGCUGCCCUGGUUGCACUGACAGAGGCGAGGCUGCUGAGCACUGGCGCUACCGGUCCCUCUGACCACCACCAGCAGGCAAGUCAGGUUAAGUGUCUUGCCUAGGGACACAACAGCAGAAUUCUCUGGUCGGAGCCGGCAUUGAACCUGCAACCUUCCGAUUAUUGGACAACCCGUGCUACCUCCUGAGCUACUGAUGUCCGUAGUUGAUGCCAAACUGUUUCAAACGAGCACCAUUCCUGAGCUGAUGCCAUCUUUGUAGUUUUUCUCCAUCUCAGCUCUAGUGUUGUAGCGAGCGUGCACCUUAGUGGUUCCGUUAGAACCUUAGAAUACGCGGCUUUUUCAGGGUAAUGAGGCCGCAGGUGAGUUUUAUUGUACAGACCCUGGUUUGGACUCCCUAAUUAGAACUAGUUUUCUAUUUUAAGUUGGAAUGGAGAUUGCCGUACUUGUUCUUCUGUGACAACACACUUUCCUUUUAAUUUCCCGUUAUUUAAUGGUUUUAAAUGCUAGGGCGAAAGUUUACUGGAGGCCAUCCAGCUGACUAUUAUUUGAGUCCUAUCAGGAUUAAUUUGCGCCUCUGUCAGCAUAUGUGGGCGAUGGUAACUAGAAAAUGAUUCCUGUUAGUUGAUUAGGCUAACAUGGAUUUAUCAAUUAGUCUAAUUAAUCCACCCUUUGAAGUGGUCCCUUCCCACGCUAAACAGAGACUUUUUCACACGUGCAGAACAGAGCCUGUUUGAACCAACGAACUAUUAUGGUUUAUAACCCUUAGGAUGCCCCAAUACAUGAGGUAGGAGGAGAGACUAGCUCCCAUUACCUAAGGUAUCUUUUCUUAAUCUGUCACAACCUGAAACAAGUCCUGAAGUACAGGAACAAGCUAUUUAAGGUGGCUUACCUUUUGCUACCAGAUCUGGUCCGGGCUCCCACUCAAAGGCUAAAAGAGACCUUUAAGAAUCGAGAACGAGGAUUCUUUUUCCAAGAAGUUUAUUUCAAAAUUAAAAAAUACAAAAAAGAGUAAAUCUAAGAUUAACAAGUCCCCUUAGGAGGAUGCUGCUUCUAAAAAUCUUCCUUAGAAUAACUGCUCUCUCUUCCUGCAACUGUCGCUGCUACUUCGUCAACUUCUGUCAACUCUAACUGUCACUCUCUCUCUGUCACACGCUCUCACUCCUCUCGUCGUCCUCCGUCCUUUCAGCGAGACACGAAACUGUUCGGGCCAAUGGUAGACCUGCUAAGGCUAUAAUGGAGCAUGGCUAGACCGACCUGCAGAACAAAGACUUUAGCUACGGUUUGUCUAGAUUUCUAGGUUACAUCACAACAGCACCUCACUAAAAUGCAAAUGUUCAAAAACUAGCAAAUUUUGUAGCAAGUUUUAUAUGAGACAAAUAAUGCAAACACAUCUAUUAGGUACCUGUAUACAAAAUGUCUGUUUCUUUGCUAUUUACCCUCAUUUUAUUCACAAUUAGGCUGUCAGCCUCGUCACAAAGUUGUCUCACUAUUUUGCACGAUCUAGCUCCGAAAAAACAAAAUAAAGUUCCGACCUGUUCCAGAUGACAGCCUGACUGUUUAAGGAGUAAUUUGCUAUGCUGAACAUAUUCAAAAUGAUUGCAACAGAAGAACUAUUCCUUGCAACUCACAAGGUAAUUAAAAAAACAUUAUUUUUGAGAAGUUUUGGAAACUCCCUCGUGAAUGAAAAAAAACCAACCCUGGAUGUGUGUCCAGGUGUUGUUAGCUUUAAUUCGUUACUUAAUGGUUUUGUGCGAUGGGAGUAGGCAUGACUUGAGUCCCAAAAGUACAACAUGGCAGCUCCUGUAAAUUUUGGCUUCACGUUUGUACAAUGAAAGCAGACAGACACAUUGUUUAUCUCUAUAAAUGUCGAUGAGUUAAACCAGAAUGUAGGAUCGUGUCUUUUCUAUUUAUAGAAGUGGCCUUCCUACAGAGGAACUACGAGUCACAAUAUUCAUAAUACUGACCCACAUUUGGAGUUCCAGGUGGGGUGAGCAAUGAGGGAAAUGGUUUAGUUCUGCUAUAACUGACCCCUGAACUUCCUCCUGUUUAACACACAAACCAUUUCCAUUCAGCAACUGCAGCGAAGCACCUGACCUUCUAGCUGCCCAGUGCCAUUCAGCUUCUCUCUCAUCUCACAUCAGAUCGAUAUUUUUGGCAGAGUUUCCCCCGAACUAAAGAGUUGAAAGUGAAGGAUUACAUGUAAGUACAUUAAAACAAGUAUUGCUGUGAGAGUCCUGUGCCUUUGAAUGGGUUUCGUCGUGUUUGAUGUUGAAUGUGUGAGAUGCAUCACAGCUGAAACGGCUGUUUUGGUUUUAUUGUAUGAAGCUGUCUGGUAAUGAAUAGACCGUGUGCACUUUUUGAGUACAGUAACACUACUGAGUAAAGUUUGUGAUGAGCAGUGUUUGACAAGUGUCUCAAAAGAAAAGAGACAUUUUUUAUUCAUGCCUUUUAUUUAACAAUCUCCCUCCCACGUUAUCUUAAAUGUAUGCACUCUGGAAAUGUACAUGUGUGUAUGACUUUAAGGAAAAAACAUGAAGUUGAGAAAAAUAUAGUGUAAAGGGAAUUUGCUUGUAAUUAAAAAUAAAUGUGGCUAUUAUUGUACUUGGCUGGAA